AUGCAGCAGCAACAUAUGCAACCUUCUACAAGCCGAAUCCUGUACGACGUGCCGUGCGCCGUCUGCCAUGACCACUCGUCAGGCAAACACUACGGGGUAUUCGCCUGCGAUGGGUGCGCAGGCUUCUUUAAAAGGUCCGUUCGCCGUGACCGCCGAUACACCUGUAAAUCGAGGACUCCUGGCAUGUGUGUAGUAGACAAGACCCACCGGAACCAAUGCCGAGCUUGCAGACUGACAAAGUGUCUGCGAGUUGGAAUGAAUAGAGACGCGGUCCAACAUGAACGGGGACCACGCCACUCAACACUCAGACGUCAGAUGGCUCUACUCUUUAAUGAACCAACUCCAAUCACUGACACACAAAGAAACCCUCAACCAGCACCAAUGCCUGCACCACAAAUAACAACGCCUCAUAUCCCCAUAAUGCCAAUAGCACCAGUGCCUAUAUUCCCUUACGCUUACAAUCCCAUGAUGCAUCAUCUUCUGUUUAGCCCACCGAGAGCUCCAUCCCCACCGCCUCUCGGUUCUACCACAUUAAGUCCAGACCACCCUGAGGCCAUGAGUGAAGCUGCAGCCCGGUUGCUCUUUUUGAACGUCAAGUGGGCAAGGAAUAUUCCAGCUUUCGAUUCCUUGUCUAUAGACGACAGACACGUUUUACUUCAAGAGUCCUGGAAGGAUAUAUUUGUACUCGGAACUUCACAAUUUGUGUUUCCAAUAGAUGUUCGGGAAUUUUUACGUAAGCAGAGUUCGAUAAGUAUCAGGGAUGUGGAAGCUUACGAAGCAUUCUACGAUGAAAUUAAAAAAAUACGUCCUGAUCCGAACGAGUAUGCCUGUCUCAGAGUUACGAUCCUGUUCAGGACCUGCUUCGAUGAAAGACUUUUAGGCAAUCUACUUCCGAAAUUCAAGAACCCACGAACAAUCCUCACGUGCCAACAAAACGCGAGAUUCGUGUUACAUGAGUACUCGAUACGGGCAUUCCCUCUGGAACCAAACCGAACCAGCCGCAUACUGAACCUGAUCCCAAUGUUGAACAACGUGAGCAGCCACAUGAUCGUCGAGCCCUUCUUCCGUGCCACUGUCGGAGAUAGCCCUAUUGAAAAGGUUAUUUGCGACAUGUACAAUAGUGAUAAACACUCUGACUGA